AGGAGCCAGACGCCCUCUCAAGCUUCCAAGUGAGCUGUGGGUCUCUGCCCCCUCGGGGCUCUUGGCUGAGAUCUGGCUCUGCAGAACCAUGGACCUCUGGCUUCUGUUACUUUACUUCUUCCCAGUACUUGGGGCUCAGAAGAUCCUCCCAAAAGUACAGCUGGAUGGAGUGUUGGGUGGAUCCAUUACUAUCACGUGCCCGCUUUCUGAAAUGCAUGGAAGGAUGUACCUGUGCCGGCAGGUGAAUGACCCUGGCAUAUGUGUCACUGUGGUGUCCAACACCUAUGUGAAGAAGGAAUAUAAGCGUCGAAUCACUCUGAGGCCAUGCUUUGACAAGAAUCUAUUUCUAGUGGAGUUGGCCGAGCUGACCCAAAGUGACAAUGGAGUUUAUGCCUGUGGGUUGGGCAUGCACACAGACCGGGGCAAGACCCAGAAGGUCACUCUGAAUGUCCACAGUGAUUACGACCCAUUCUGGGAAGAUGAGCUGAUGUCUGAGUCUCCAAGAUUGCUUCAUCUAUUUCCUCACCAACAGAUGCCCAAUUGGCUCAAUAUGGAUAAACAUGACUAUCCUGAAUUCAUGUCCAAAGUUACUACACCAGCUCCCAAGACCAAGGCCCCUCCAGCCCACCAGCCCUCCACCACCAUUCCAACAACUCACCAUCCUCCUGUUUCCAGAGCGUCUUUAGUAGUAACUUCCAAGCCCCUGGCUCUUCUACCACCCACCACCGCCUCAAAGACCUCAGUUGAAGAGAAGGUCAAGCCCCUGGGCGCCCACUACAGCCACCACCCCAGGUUUCAUGGGCAGAGAACAAUGAGCCGUGGUCCACAGUAUGGAAGGGAAGACCAAGGAUUUCACAUCCUGAUUCCAACCGUCCUGGGCCUUCUUCUGCUGGCCCUCCUGGGGCUGGUGGUCAAAAGAGCUAUUCAGAGGAGAAAAGCCUUCUCCAGAGGGGUCCGCCGGCUGGCGGUGAGGCUGCGCACGGACGCCGUCCUGGGGCCGCUGGCGCAGCGCCCCCCGGGCCGGGCGCAGAGGCCGCGCUCGCAGAACAACGUGUACAGCGCCUGCCCGCGGCGCGCGCAGGGCCCGGGGCCGGGUCAGCCGGAGGCUCCGCUCCCCAACCCCGGACCCUCGGCGCCCCCAGCCGGGUCACAGGUACCUGAAGCUUCCUGGCCUCAAGCCCCACCACUGAAGACCAGCUGUGAAUAUGUAACCUUGUGGUACCAGCCUGCUGCCAACAUGGAAGAUGCUGAUUCAGACAACUACAUCAACAUUCCUAGCCCAACUCACCUUCCCAGCUGUCCCCCCAGGCCAAGAUCUUGAUGCUAAUGCACCUUGUCUGUCUGCUGAUUUCCAAUACCCACUCCAUUUAUUUGUAGAGCCCUCAUCACCUCUUGUACCCCCACAUUCCAACUUGAAUGCCGUCAGUUUAUCUUUGCCCUGAGAAUGGCUCUUCCAUGAGCUGGUCUUGCACAUUUAUGGGCACCAGACAUACAGAGCAUUCAUCUUUCCAACGCUAUCUGUUCCUUUCCACACCGUCUUAUGGGCCUCAUGAGGGGCAUGCAAAGGUGUUUUGUUGGCUUUCAUCACAAGGUAUUUGCUGCCUGGCUCUCACUCAUAUGGCAUUUCUGCCCCUUCAAAAGCCUGUCCUGUCCUGUCCUGGUCUUCACACAAACAGGGCUUUAGAUCACCUCAUGAGGAUGUGCUUCAGCCCCAUGAGCUGGGAAGGGACCUGCUAUGAGAACAUCCUGCAUAUAUAUUGGCCCUAAUUCAAAGACUAGCACUAGCUAAUGAGUUUCAACUUAUCUUGAGUCCCAUGGUCAGGGCAAAUAUUUGACACCAUGACUUAUUCUAAAUCUUUAGAACCAAGUGUGUCAGUGUUACUAAUACACAUAUGAAUAAAUCCUCUUCUCAAACUCUCCAUCACUUGCUACAAAUGACUACCCAGACUCUAGCAUCUCUCUUUUUUUAGAAAUACUCAUCCUUCCCCUCCUUAUCCUUCUUCCAUAUCAGUGCACUCACCUUACUUGGGUCUAGUGUAGCAAGCCCAAAGCAUUACUUCUCUCUGCUUUCAGAAAUAUACCCACCACAUUUCCAGUCCCAGACAACACAUACCAAGGUGGGCAAGAAAAGCAAUUUCAGAUUCUUGGAAGAUCAGGGGCUUUGCAAGAACCCUCUUUUUUUCAUGGAAAAGAAGACAUCCUACUUCACAUAUACAUCUUCUCUAAUGUUCUAGAGCAAGGCUAUAAUUGGAAACUCUUUGGAUUGGUAUAUCUACAAAAUUCAGGCAAAGGGGCUGGGGAGAUGGCUUGGUGGUUAAAGGUGCUUGCUUGCAAAGCUUGACAGCCUGGGUAGGCUCAACUCCCUAGCACCCACAUAAGGCCAGAUGCACAAAGUGCCACAUGCAUCUGGAGUUUGCAGCAGCAGGAGAUCCUGGCACACUCAUAAACAUACAUACGCACAUUCGCAUUAUCUCCCUCUCCCAUUCUUUCUCUCUCUCUCAAAUAAAUGAAUAAUUUUUUUUAAUUCAGUCAGAGCUUGAGGGUGGAGAAUAUCUGAUCUUGAAAAUAAGAAGAAAGCCUUUCCCAAAUAUGUAGUAUAGUAUCCGUGGGCCCAUGCCCAGAAACAGGAAGGAGAAAGCUGCCAGACAGACUGGACGGUACAUGCAGAUACAAUGUCAAGCAAUGUCAGCUCACCACUGACACAUUGUCAUGCCACACAGUGUAUAAGGGAAGAACAGGAUAAGAAAAGAGGGGUACUGUGGUAGUUUGGAUGGAUGUUCCUCAGUAGACUCAGGUGUUUUUUUAAAGCUUAUAACUUGGAUUUCCAACUGCCAGACUGAAAGAAGUGUCACUGGGGGCAGAUCUGAUUUCUAGCCCAAGGAUAUGCAGAACAGUCUGAGCUCUCCCUGGUCCCUGCUUGUUUGCUUUGUGUGUGUGUGUGUGUGUGUGUGUGUGUUUGUAGGUGCUGGCUGUUUAGUUGUGUCACUCUGCUUGGAUCUGUGAAAGGGAGCCAGCUUCUUCUGCCGUUGAUGGAACUUCCCCUUGGAUAUGAAAUAAAUCCUGCUCCUCCCAUAAA